AUGAACACAGCCAUGGCCACCACUUCCUUAUCCCUCCAAGGCCGCCCUUCUCAUGCCCCCACCAGGAAGCUCUCCUCCCCGUUCCUCGGCGCCCCCGCGUCCUUCCUCCGGCCGCUGGCGCCCGCGCCCGCCGCCGGCCCCUCCUCGCGGCGGACGCUCGCCGUCAGGGCCAUGGCGCCGCCCAAGCCGGGAGGCAAGGCCAAGAAAGUGGUAGGCCUUAUAAAGCUGGCCCUCGAAGCCGGCAAGGCGACGCCGGCGCCGCCCGUCGGCCCGGCGCUUGGUGCCAAGGGUGUCAACAUCAUGGCGUUCUGCAAGGAGUACAAUGCCAAGACGGCCGACAAGCCUGGCUACAUCAUCCCCGUCGAGAUCACCGUGUUUGAUGAUAAGAGCUUUACCUUCGUCUUGAAGACCCCUCCGGCUUCAGUCCUGCUACUCAAGGCUGCAGGUGUCGAAAAAGGUUCGAAAGAGCCACAGCGAGCGAAGGUGGGAAAAGUAACAGCGGAUCAAGUGCGUGCAAUAGCUCAAGAGAAGUUACCGGACUUGAACUGCAAGAGCAUCGACUCUGCUAUGAGGAUCAUCGCUGGCACCGCUGCUAACAUGGGCAUCGAUAUCGAUCCUCCAAUCCUUGUGAAGAAGGAAAAGGUCCUCUUAUAG